AAGAUUAAUAAUAUGAGGGGGGAGAAAAGAACCAGAUUCAGUUAUAAUGGGUGGGAAUUACAAGGGGCGCUUGAUUGGCCUUGCUUACCUUUUUUGGGUACUGAAUUCAGGCACAAAUCCACACAUUUUGACUGUUGAUCAGAGAUUAUUAAAACCAAAAUGAGAUUUUUCCUGAGCAGAUUAUGUGGAACUAUACACUGAACUUGGAUUACUCUACAUAGUUGAGUGUGAUUUCAGCGGACAAAUCCAGAGAAUUCAGUUUACUGUCUAGUAUUAACUGCCGACGCUUUCUAAUCUUAACCAAGUCUAGGAUAUAUAAUAUUACUUACAUUGGUGUAGCUUUCCAAAGACCAACCCUGUCCCUUUGCUUAUAUAAACCCUCCCCAGCCCAGAACCACAUAAGUCACUUACCUUCACAGUUGCAGAAUAUAGGAGGACAAUGCCUGAGCAAGCUAUGGAGCUCCCCACCAUUGAUUUCAGUGAUCUUGAAGGUGAAAACAGGAGCAAGGCCAUGGAGAUACUGCACGAUGCUUGUGAGAACUGGGGUUUCUUUCAGGUUCAGAACCAUGGGGUUGAUGGCAAGUUGAUGGAGAAAGUGAAGCAGCUCGUCGAUCAACAUUACGAGGAAAACCUGAAAGAGAGCUUCUACCAAUCCGAGACAGCCAAGAAGCUGAAUAAGAAAGAAAACCCAUCUGAUGUAGAUUGGGAGAGCAGCUUCUUCAUCAGGCACCGUCCUACCUCAAACAUCUGUGAAAUCCCAAACCUGCCUCAGGGUUUCAGCAAAACCAUCGACGAGUACGUUGCUGAACUGAUAAAGCUAGCAGAGAAACUUGCCAACCUCAUGUGCGAGAAUCUGGGAUUGGAUGAAAGUUUCAUCAAGGAGGCUUUCUCUGGGAAAGAGGGUCCUGCUGUGGGGACUAAAGUUGCUAAGUACCCAAAAUGUCCUGAGCCAGAACUUGUGAGGGGGCUCCGAGAGCACACUGAUGCCGGCGGGAUCAUACUCCUGCUUCAGGACGAUCAGGUCCCGGGGCUCGAGUUCCUGAAAAAUGGGGAGUGGUUCCAGAUUCCUCCAUCCAGGAACAACACAAUUUUUGUGAAUAUAGGUGAUCAGGUGGAGGUCUUGAGCAACGGAAGGUACAAGAGUACUCUGCAUAGAGUCAUGGCUGACAAGAAUGGAAGCAGGCUCUCCAUAGCCACGUUUUAUAAUCCAGCUGGUGAUGCUGUUAUAACUCCAGCUUCGAAGCUUCUCUAUCCCCACUCGUACACUUUUGGUGAUUAUCUUCAGCUCUAUUCUGCCACAAAAUUUGCAGAUAAGGGAAAGAGAUUUGAGACCGUGAAGGAACUUGCUAAGGGGAGCAAUGGCUUCCAUGCCUAAGACUGCCCCUUUCUAUGGCUUGAAUAACUGUUUGCUGGCUUGCUCACUUCUAUUUCUGUUACCGCUGCUGCUUUACUUUUCUCAAUUAAACCCUCGCUAUGUAAGAGGAAACCUGAUGGAAAAGUGAACUGAAGAGCUGUUUGGCUCUGUGAUUCCGUUCCAUCAGAAAGUAUCUGAUGUAAGAAAUAUCUCCACUUCAUGUACUUAAUAACAUGAUUUGUGCUAAAUACCAUGAAGAAAACUGGCCAUGAACCAGAUUCGACAUUCAAGAGCAGAGUUCUCAAAAUGGAUGUCAUGUUUUGUGUCUCCAGAUCCAGAAUAUCAUUCUCGCAAUGAUCAAUCUCCGUAUCUUCAGCAACAAAUUUCCAUUUAUACAGUUCAUUCUCCCCAACUGGAGUGAGUGAAGAUUGUAGUACAGUGCCACGAAUAGAAAACAAAUUUCUCGAGUUCGAUUCAUCAUGAGAAAGAGGAAGCCACGAGACGGGAGACCUACUUCAUUGGUAGCCACCCACAGCCGCAGCAUCCUUCAGCCAAUCAGGCAGCGACUUAAACUCUAUAUCUACUCUUAUUUCAUCAGAACCAUAGCCAAAUCAGGAACCCAUUGACAUUCUGAGUCAGACAAUUUAUCGAGCAAGUUACGGGCAGCCCCCUAGACCCAGAAAUCAACAUCAUAACUCUCACUCAACUCACGCCUACACAAUAUAUUCAAGUACCGCAGCAAAACGUCUCCUCCUUAACAUAAAAGAAACGCUAUAAUUCUAGCCUGGAACGUACUGGGCAGCGUUUGUAUGAUAACACUGUCGUGAAAGUUCCAGAAAAAAGACCAUAAAAGGAG